AUGUCCAGCUCACAGAGUAGUGAUGGGGAGUCUUUAUCAGUGAUUGAAAACCCCGCAGUUGUGACUCCAACCUUUAACAAAACAUCAGGACUGGAGGACACCAAAGACGUACCGAACAGAACCUGGUUUCAUUCUUUUGCCCACAGACUGGUGAGGUGUAUGGCGGCAUUGUGCGCUGUUGGACUGCUGGGGGGUCUGGCAGUUGGGGUCUGGUUUCUGGUCAAACUACUCCUAAAGCCUUCUUCCACUCACAGUCCAGUGGGCUUGGGUGACACCAAAGAAACCUCUUUCUGCAAUGUAACUGAAGACAUUUCUAUCUCUGACUCCAGAAAAGUGUUUUACAGAAUCAGUCCGGAGAACUCUGUCCUGGAGAUCCAGCUGAGCAAAGUGCCCACAUGGCUGCCUGUGUGCUACGAGAGGUGGAACUCUUCUCUGGGAACAUUGGUCUGUCGACAACUGGGCUAUCUCAGUUUGACAAAACAUAAAGGAGUAAAUCUCACCGACAUUGGACCAAGCUACACUGAUGGUUUUAUACAAAUUACCCAAGAAAACAAAAAUGGACUGGAAAAUAUGUGGCAGCUAAGGGGGAGUUGUAUAACGGGGAAGGUUAUCGCUUUACAAUGUUCUGAGUGUGGGACCAGGGCGAAGCUGCCCAGAAUAAUCGGAGGCGUCGAGGCCGCGCUGGGCAGGUGGCCAUGGCAGGUCAGUCUUUACUACAGCAACCGCCACAACUGUGGAGGCUCCAUCAUCACCAGGCACUGGGUCGUCACAGCAGCGCAUUGUGUUCACAACUACAGACUCCCUCAGGUGUCCAACUGGGUGGUCUAUGCUGGUCUUGUAACACGCAGCUCGGCUAAAAUGACUCAACGCACUGGAUACGCUGUAGAAAAAAUUAUCUACAACAAAAACUACAACCACAGAAGCCAUGACAGUGACAUAGCCCUGAUGAAACUGCGCACUCCACUGAAUUUCUCAGAUACAAUAAGACCAGUGUGCUUGCCACAAUACGACUAUGAUCUACCAGGAGGAACACAGUGCUGGAUCUCUGGAUGGGGUUACACACAACCAGAUGGCAUACAAUCACCAGACACUUUAAAAGAAGCUCCUGUUCCUAUAAUAAGCACGAAAAAGUGUAACAGCUCCUGCAUGUACAAUGGUGAAAUCACAUCACGGAUGCUUUGUGCUGGAUACACAGAAGGAAAAGUGGAUGCCUGUCAGGGUGACAGCGGGGGACCACUGGUGUGCCAGGAUGAUAACGUGUGGAGGCUGGUGGGAGUUGUCAGCUGGGGGACAGGCUGUGCAGAACCUAAUCAUCCCGGUGUCUAUACCAAAGUGGCUGAAUUCUUGGGCUGGAUCUAUGACAUGAUUGAGAAUUACUGAGGAUACAUCAGGGUUAGUCUAAUCAUGGGUUUCAGGCAAAUGAUUCUGCUGGAAACAUGGCUUGUGCUGGUUGUCCCUAAGCUUAAAAGUAUU